UGUCCGGCGAUGACGUCACGGCUUAUUUCGCGGAAGAUGGCCGGCGUUACGUCACGGCUCAGCCCGCGGAAGAUGGCCGCUGCGAGGACGCUCUCCUGUAAAGGCAGCAGGAUGAUUUUGUUGGUUUUUCUGUGUGUUUUUGUGGCGGCGAAGGGCGAUGAUCAGGUGCCGCUGCUGGUGUGGACGAGUGAAGGGUUUGCACUGGCACCUGUGAAUGCUCCGUCAGCCGGACACACAGUGUCAGAAAAUGAACUGGGGUCAUAUUUGACAAGAGCCCUGAGCACUUCACCUCAUAACCUAUUGCUCUUCAUGCAAGAUAAGUUGAGCGUUGAUGAUUUCACAAUGUAUGGAGGAGUAUUUGGAAACAAACAGGAUAGCAUCUUCCGCAGUCUCGAGGCAGCUCUCCGGUCGUCCUCCUCCUUGUGGUUGCCAUCUGUAUCAUCGUCUGCUGCCGCUUCAGUUUCCACUUUGCUUCAGAAUCACAUUCAGACAUCUCCUCUCUACAUGAACCCAGAAACCCUCGCUCAGCUGCGGCUCAAUGCUUCUGUCGCCGCCCUGCUGGUGUUUCGCCUCCCUUACAGUGGCGGGGCUGAUAUGAUGUCUGCAAAAGAGGUUCUCAGUGGAAACGAUGAGGUGAUCGGUCAGGUGAUGAGCAUCAUGAAAGCUCAGUCUGUGCCGUAUACCGCAGUGUUCACCGCACUCCAGCCGUCACGGGUGAUGGAAGAGACAUCACUGGCCGUUCAGUCUGUUGGGACGCGAUCUCUCCUGCAGUCCCGGCGUGAAGAAUCUUCAGCUUCAUAUCCACCGGUGGAGUUUAAGGAGAAGGGCUCAGCAUGCAUUCUAAUGUGGGCAGAGAAACUGGCGGUCAGCCAAUAUCGUUCAGGAAAAUGGGAAAGACACGAUCUUACUUCUAAAACCUUUGGUGAAGGUGUGACGCCCAACCUAGAUGGAUCAUUUUGCAAUGAGACUCACUCACGACUGGUUCUGAACUAUGAGGAUGUGCUGAGUUUCCGUUCCUUCAAGCUCAUUUUUAUUAUGAAUCAACGUCACUACAAGGUUUCUGCUCGCCGCUGGUUCACUAUGGAUCUGCUUCAGUUGGAAUAUGAUGGGAAGAAGGCCUUGUUCAACGGCAGCCGUAACAUCUACGCACCAGCCGAAUACUCAUACCGAUGUGCAUCUGUCAGCAGCUCACGCUACCCUCAACUGUUUCCACAUUCAGAAAAGGACAACGCCAAUGAGUGGCAGAUCUCAAUUGAUGACUUACAGAUCCAGGGCUUUAACGUGGCCGGGAAGGAUUUCUCUUACGCCAGUGACUGUGCCGGUUUCUUCACUCCUGGUAUCUGGAUGGGUCUCGUCACGUCUCUCCUCAUGAUGCUCGUGCUCACCUAUGGCCUUCACAUGAUCAUGCAGCUUCAUACCAUGGAUCGCUUUGAUGAUCCCAAGGGUCCGGCCAUCUCUGUGCCACAGACCGAAUAAAGGGCACACGCACCAUCAGUUUCUUUAGAUUUUGUCUUAUGUUACUUUUCACUUUGUCUUCUCCAGAAUCACUGCUGUUUGUAAAAGACAAGGGAACCUGCUAGUUGAGGCAUUAUCUGUUGAAAUGUGAAUGUGUAUUAUGUUUGCAUUGUUUGUUUAUCGAUAUCAGACUAUCAAGAUAUAAUAAACUGCUUCCUAUCAAAAAAGGUCUUUUAAUGAUCAGAUUAGCUCACGGUAGACUGUGAUAGAUUUAUUUGAACAGAUCUGUGUUGAGUUAGACCAACUCCCCAUUUUGAUGAACAUAAACAUUAGCAAACAUAUACACACAAGGCGCGCGUGCUAUGAUCCACACAUCCAUGUGAUAAGUACUUAAUAAAGAAACAGAUUAUUUUGAAGGUUAAAAUAUUGAGUGGUCUGUAACUGUAAAUAUGAGGAAAAUGUAUUGCUGUAUUUAUUGGAUAAAAUAUUAUUUAUUUGUGUCGUGUAUUUGUUCUGGAGUGUGUUUGCUGUAGUUCACAUAUAGCUGUGUGGUCAUAAUGUUUCCCUGUUUGACUUUUGUGAGAAUUUGUCGUAUGACCAUGAAGGAAUUGUGAACUGUGUUUUGCUUUACUGAAGAUCUCUUGUGCACUGUUUUAGCAUUGUUCACCUGGCUGUCAGUAUUUUAGAUUAUAUUACAUUAUAUUAUUAUUACAUUCAGCAGUGAGAAUAAGAAACAUGUGCUAUUAUAUGAUACUCUAUGAUUCAUGUAAGAAUACUUUAAAGAUGUUUUGAAUGUGUCUGUUUAAUAAACACAAUGAGGUGUAACAUAA